AUGCCAGAGCGCGGAGAGCAGCCCAGUUGCGGUCAACGGACGUCCCCGAAGAGGGAUCUACCGAAGACGGGGGAAACAGCAGCCAACAGCGGUCACGACGAACCCCUCACCCAACCGGGGACAGAAACAGACGAGUCAUCCUCGGCGGAAUGCAGUGCAUCCCAGACCGAAAGCACCACCUUCGGCAGUGCCACUCCUGGGGUAACAGAAUCUACUAAUGACGCGCAGCUACACGCGACACAAGAUCUUGACCCAAGCGGGGGAUCCGAAGACCGCCCAAGAACAACGGACCAACAACCAGCAGAUGAACGCAGCCCACUCGAACAAUUAGCAAGGACAAUCAACGAAAUGACCAAGCGGCCAAAAUCUGACAAUGUUUACGCGAGCUUCGAGAAGGCCAUAGAGGAUGCCGUCACCUUAGUGAAGACAGCCGCAAAAAUACCCGAAAUCACCGAACGCACCUCCAGUCGUCGAAAGGUACCACACAACGCAAUAGUGGAAGCAGUCUGCCGCAGCGGUGCCGGAGAAGCGUUCACGGAGAUCGUACGGGAUCUGUUCACCGAGAACACUACGAGAGUAGCUACCGGCGGAGAAGAGACCGAACCAAUCAACAUCAAAGCUGGCAUCCGACAGGGGUGCCCGCUAAGCGGACUCCUCUUCAACAUGGUCAUUGAUGUCAUCAUCAGGACAGUACAAGGCGCGGACUCCACUCACCGAAUCUUCGCAUACGCCGACGACAUCGCCGCACUAGCGCAGGACCCAUCAACCCUCCAAGAUAAAGUCAACACAGUCGCAACGCUGGCACGACAGCUCGGACUAAAACUGAACCCGGGAAAGUGCAAAGCCCUGCACCUGUCCGGCAAACAUCCAGUCGGCCUGCGAGAGAUGCCAAUCAGGAUCGACAACAAGGUAAUCCCGACGCUGCACGACUACGAGCCCCUGAAAUAUCUUGGCAGACCAGUGGGCUUCGUGCUUGCAAACGACGUGGAGGACCUGCGUGAAACGAUCAACGCUGCCAAGAAGAUAAUGGAAUCAGCACUGGCACCCUGGCAGCGAUUAGAUGCCCUAAGGACGUUCAUCUACCCGGCACUAAACUUUGCCAUGAGCUGCGGGACCCUCGGGAAAACGGAGUGGCGGAAUUUUGACGACCUGCUGAAGCCCAUGAUCAAGCAGACGCUAUACCUGCCACAACCUGCAACCACACUGUACCUCUACAGGUCAAGAAAAGGCGGAGGUUGCGGAAUCCCCAUCGCGGCAGAAAUGAGCAACCUCAGCCGCGUGGACAACGCUUUCAAGUCAUUAACAUCCAGGGACCCGGAAGUCGCCAGGCUUGCAAUAACCGAGCUACAGCACACAGUCAGCAAGCGGCUCCGAAGGGAUGUCAACACGGAAGACAUCGAGGCCUUCCUCAACAGCAACACGGAAGGGGACUUCCGGGGCGCGUCAAACCCUUUUAGAAGCACCUGGACUGAGGCGCGCAAAGCUUCCGGACGCCUCAACAUCACCUGGGAGCUCAGCAAUGACGCAGGACCAGCCAUCACCCGUGCGCGAUCAACAAUCACCCACAACGCACGCACGAAGCUGAUGGCGAAACUCCGGGCGAACCUGUGCAAGGAGAGAGACGCCGAGCUACAGCAACUUCCCAACCAGGGGAAAGCGAUAGAAGCGGUAGCAGCGGACCCAGCCAGCAGCCACUUCAUGACGACUGGGGACUACAUGACGUUCGUAGCAUGGCGGUUCAUACACAAAGCAAGACUGAAUCAACUACCUCUGAACGGCGUCCAGCCCUGGAACGCGACCGCCGACAAAAGAUGUCGUCGAUGUUGCUACGCAUCUGAAUCACUCCCACAUGUACUAUGCCACUGCAUGGAGAAGAGAGCGGCCUACACGGAAAGGCACAACAAGAUCGUGCAGAGGGUGAAGUCAGUGGCGCGGAUGCGGUACUCCAUCAUUAGCGAGAACAAACCAGUGGGCGACACUAACCUCCGACCACAUAGUGGACGUGACAGUACCUUUUGA